UUGCAAGUUUAAUAUAAUUAACUCUUAUAUUAUUAUCAUCUUCUGCUACAGUUCAACCGGGGGGGGGUAAUCACAUAAACACGUGCCGUGAUGCUUAAAAGAAAAGCCGUAUCUGUGGCUAACGUUAGCUUGUUUUUUAGUCGUAACAACUUUUUAGCACCCAAAGCUAACCUUAGCCAGCUAAGUUAACCCGGUAACAUUGCUUCUCCAGCAAUAACGUUACAGGUUUAUCCACUCUGUUUAAUUCAACCGUAUUCUAUGCUAACGUAUGACUUCUACUAGUACACAAUAUGUCUUUAUAACAUGUUGCUCUCUUGCAAAUGACUCAUGUCUGCAAAAUAUGCAGUAUUAACAGUUUGAAUACCCCCUCCCCUCUAUUCCCCUCCAAGGGUUACAUGUGAGCCUCUGAGCUUGGCACCAGCUGGGUUACAUAUCCUCAGGUUAUACCUCUGAGUCUUGGUGAGGUGCAUUCCACAAAUACAGCAUGUCCUCCCAGGAAGGUGGGGCUGCAGAGCCAGGCCCUGACACAGUGGGACCAUCUACCUCUUCCUCCACGAACAAUGAUGCUGUCACCGGGGACGUCAUCACUGUCACCAUUGGAGCAACCGUGCCUACAGGAUUUGAGCUCACUGCUGCAGAAGAGGUCAAGGAGAAAAUUGGGGUUGAUGCACAAAUCAGCAAAGAUCGUGGUCGCAUCUACUUUCCAAUAACCACUGACGAGCUUUUCCAGGUCCAUCUUCUGAAGUCUGUGGACAACCUGUUUGUUGUGGUUGAGGAAUAUCAUCUUUACCCAUUCAAAGAAUCAAAGGAGGAGACCUUGAUGGAGAUGAUGCAGCUUGCAACCACCCUCCCCUGGACUAAUGCCUUAGCGGUUUGGAAACUAAAUGGCACCCUAAAAAAGAAGAAAGGCUACCGGAAAGGAGGAAAUGGCACCAAAGUAAAAUCUAAAAGAGAGGCCACUGAUGCAACUGUGGCUGACACUGAGCAGCAAGAGCUACCUCAGGCGGCGUCUGCUGCUGAAAGCCAGACGAAGGCAGAGAGCACGACGUCUGCUGCUGAAAGCCAGACGAAGGCAGAGAGCACGGCGUCUGCUGCUGAAAGCCAGACGAAGGCAGAGAGCACGACGUCUGCUGCUGAAAGCCAGACGAAGGCAGAGAGCACGGCUGAGGCUGAGACCAGCGCACAGGACUCGGAAGAGGCAGAACCCGAGGCCAAAGUCACCAAGUUCCGUGUGACGUGCAACAGGGCUGGUGAUAAACACAGCUUUACCUCUAAUGAGGCAGCCAGAGACUUUGGUGGGGCUGUGCAAGAAUUUUUCCAGUGGAAAGCUGACAUGACAAAGUUUGACAUAGAGGUGCUACUAAACAUACACAACGACGAGGUGGUGAUCGGCAUUGCACUCACAGAGGAGAGUCUUCACAGGAGAAACAUCAGUCACUUUGGACCCACCACUCUGCGGUCCACCUUGUGUUAUGGCAUGCUCAGGCUUUGUAAACCUCAGGCAUCAGAUAUAAUACUUGAUCCAAUGUGUGGGACUGGAGCUAUACCAUUGGAGGGGGCCAUUGAAUUUAACAGUUCAUUCUACCUUGCCGGUGACAACAAUGACAUGGCAGUUAACCGCACAGUAAAUAACGUAUGUCACAUCCAGAGACGGAGGGCAGAAAAAGGCAGUGCAUCUGGAUUGCCCAUCGACACGGUGCAGUGGGAUCUUUGCAAUUUACCCAUAAGGACCGGCUCUGUCGACAUUGUCAUCACUGACAUGCCCUUUGGGAAGAGAAUGGGCUCAAGGAAGAAGAACUGGGACCUGUACCCCUCCUGUCUGAGAGAAAUGGCCCGUGUGUGCACUCCAGGCACAGGGAAGGCCGUCCUGUUGACACAGGACAAGAAGUGCUUUACCAAGGCUAUCUCGAGGAUGGGAGGACUGUGGAGGAGGCUGCACACUGUUUGGGUGAAUGUCGGGGGUUUACAUGCCGGAGUCUACCUCCUCAAGCGGACCGGGGCCGUGUUUGGCCAAACUCCGGAGGAUAUCCAUGAAUCAAGAGGGACGGUUAAUGCUCAGGGGGAUGAGAACGGCGACAAGCAGCUCUCUUAAUUCACUUCCUGCGUUUAAGUUCUGAGUUUAUAUUUGAGGCCGUGUAGGAUCAACAUUAUUUAUAUUCUCUUUAAUCACUUUUUUUUUUUUGUUCAUUCAGGUUUUCUGGUCAAGCUUGCCAAGCAGUUUUUAUGAAUCAUUUUUUAGUUUUUCUCAUUUUGGAUUAAAAUGUUUAAUUAAUGUGAUAAAUGGCUAAAUGGAAAGACAACAGAUAUGUUCAUGUUCAGCAGCAGUUGCUUAGUGUUCUCUCUCUCUCUCUCCGUUUGACUGAGGCAGUUCAUUUGUCAUAUAUUGCUGUUCAGAAACCGGCUGAAAUUGUUUCACUCCUCAGACCCGCUGCAUCCACUUUACAGGAACUGCACAUUGCCAUAUUGUUCUGAUUAAUAAAGAUUCAAACAAAA